UGGCGUAGUGCAACACAAUAUAAUAAUGGGACAAGUUUGUUCCAAUUUCGGUGAUCACUUAAAACUGACUUUUUAAGUUUUAGAUUCCAUUCAACCGGGCGUGUGUUUCAAAUUUUCACGCUCUCUUUUGCUCAAUAGGCGUUUGUUAUCAUACGAAAGGUGGACUUGCUCGGUAUAAUAGGAAAAUGUUCUUCAAUAUGGACAAAUCGUGAUAGAAUUACGAUAGAAAUACCAAUAAAGAUAUGAAUAGAAUAAGUACGAUAUGUAUGGCGUGAUAUUGAAAUUUAACUUCGAUGAAAUACUUAAAGGCAGUCAAAAUCAUGGCUGUCUGACAUCUACAAUUUUCUCAAGAUAUAAUGCAACGACAUUCAAGAACACGAAAGUAAAGACUACUUAUUUGCGAGUAACUUCAUUGUCUGAGGUUACAAAAGUGUCAAAAGCAAGUAACUCCAGAGUGGAGAAAAGCACAAACAGGUUGAAUGUUGAAGUACAAAGAGUGUCCUCUUUUACGACAGUAAAACGUCCAGUUAUUAAGAAGAGAAAUGAAGAUAAAGGUUUCAAACUAUUUUCCGGACCAAGUAAACCAAAACAUAAUGGAUUGACUUUAGACGUUUUGCAAUAAUUGACGCCAUUUAAAAAUGGCGUCGAUUUAGUAACGCAAGAGUCACGUGAUCUGUUGCUGAACUGCAUAAAACUACACCCAAGUGUUCACGAAGUAUUUUUUCCGGAAGUGACGAAAGAUCCCCGAAUAAACGACGAAGAUUUACGGGGAUUUCCGAUUCACAGCCUGGCGGUUGCAGUCAUUUGCGAGGCCAUUUCAAAAGGAGAUGAUCCGUACAAGUUUUACUUGUUCUCCAUGUACUGCGCUCUUUACCCGUCCGUAGUGAGAGACGCACGGACGAACAUCAGUUUGCAAGACUUCAUUGACGAUGAUGGGCCGGAGUGGGCGGAGCGUAUAAUUGAGCGCAUGACGGAGCCCUCUUGGACGAUGGGAUGGGUGCAGAAAAUAGUCCGCGGUCAUGUGACAGAGGAGGAAUACAACAUGGCGAUGAACACACUGUUCGUCAAAUUGCACAUGUUUGACCCGCAGUCUGUCAUUCCGACCUUUCAUCUGCUGAAUCACAUCCGAGCUCUCCCGGAAUGCAACCUAGAGCUGGCCACCCGGGACUAUCUCGGAGGCCCACUGGACGCUGCGGCACUCAGCGCGCAUGCGCGGACGGCCGUAACAAAGAAGACCAUGCCUAGCAACGGCGCCUCGCGCAUGAGCCUCGAUAAGAUCGAAGUUUUUUACGGCAUUGACGUCGAGGAGUUUAUAAUGACGGAUACGCGUAAGGUCGGCGUAUGGAACGGGCGACGUCCCGACAAUAAAAGAACUAGUGACCUCCUGGAUUGAUGCAGCGUCAUGUAAUCUCGUGAUCACAUUUGGCGGUUUCCGGCUAUCGUCGAAAAAAUGCGCUUGCAUCCAGAUGUCGCAUCCGGAAAAAGCUCGCAUACCCUGGACUAAGCAUCAAUUGUUCGUCUGUGACAACGAAAUGAACAAACGCAUGCGUUAGUUGUGACGAUGUUACAAAUACGUUUCGUUGAUUCGAAUGUUCUAUCUAUUGACGUCGAGGUCUGGAGGAAUUUAUACAAUUACACAUGUGUUUAGAUUUUGUGGGAGAAAAUAGCCAGUGUGCUUCCGUAUUGAAUGUAAUAUUGUUCAUUCGACUUAUUUUGUACCAAAAUCAUCAUGUGUGUCUUCUGUGAAUGUUUUAAUUGUUAAGCGUACAUUUUUUGUGUGAACAAAUGCGAAUAAUGCGGUAUCGAUGUAUAAGUUAUGCUAUUCACACAUUUUUGAAUGUAUGACAAGUAUUAAUAAAACUGUUCUUGUGUUAUACGUAACGAUUUAAUAUCAUACAUCAAUGACAAGCGAUAUUUACACGUGUUCGCUUCAACGCUUGUUAAUUAUGGUAGAUCUAAUAAGUCACAGGCUUAUCAGGGACGACAUGUUCCGCCCAAACUGGAUUCUCGCUAAGAAAAGACUUUCUUUAAACGAAAAAUACCAUAAAAGCGGAGACUGUCGUCCCUGAUUUGCAUGUUAACAUGCAUUAAACCCAGUUUUCCCAAAACGCUGCUCUUAUUAUUCUUUUUAUCGCAUAAUGUUCAAAGUUGUGCCUUUGUUAUUAUUAUUAAUGGUUGCUAAAUAUGUUAAUAUUUGAAUAUAUAAUUU